AUUUGAGCUCGAUUUCUAACUUCUAAGCUACUCUUAAAAAAUUCCACUAACAUUGACCCUUUCUCUUUAUAAUACAACUCCUAAAACCCAGUCUCUAUGUCUUGAUUCAUACAAAUCGCCAUCAACCUCUCUGAAAACUUUCCGAUUCUUUCGCCUGGAUUUUGUUUAAAAUUUGACUCGUUUCUAUUGGGUUUUGAGUUCAAACGUUUGUGCUCUCACAUUUUGGGGAUUUUACUGAAUAGUUUUCUUCUGCUACAAUGGAGGAGAAGUACGAACCAUUGAAAGAGCUUGGUUCUGGGAAUUUCGGAGUGGCAAGGCUGGUUAGAGAUAAAAAGACUAAAGAGUUGUUUGCCGUCAAAUACAUUGAAAGAGGGAAAAAGAUUGAUGAAAACGUUCAGAGGGAAAUCAUUAACCACAGGUCAUUAAGGCAUCCCAACAUCGUCAGGUUCAAAGAGGUGUUAUUAACUCGGACACAUUUGGCUAUAGUCAUGGAAUACGCAGCUGGUGGUGAACUUUUUAGUAAGAUCACAAGUGCUGGAAGAUUCAGUGAAGAUGAGGCUCGGUUUUUCUUCCAACAACUUCUAUCUGGAGUCAGCUACUGUCAUUCCAUGGAAAUUUGUCAUAGAGAUCUGAAGCUAGAGAACACUCUCCUAGAUGGGAGUCCAUCCCCACGUCUCAAAAUAUGUGAUUUCGGUUAUUCAAAGUCUGGUUUAUUGCACUCACAACCGAAAUCUACUGUUGGAACACCAGCUUACAUUGCCCCCGAGGUUCUAUCUCGGAAAGAAUAUGAUGGGAAGAUUGCAGAUGUUUGGUCGUGUGGUGUGACUCUGUAUGUUAUGUUGGUUGGAGCUUACCCUUUUGAGGACCCUGAAGAUCCUAGGAAUUUUCGUAAAACCAUUGGGAGAAUCGUGAGUGUCCAAUACUCAAUACCAGAUUAUGUGCGUGUUUCUGUUGAUUGUAGACACCUUCUUUCUCAUAUCUUUGUGUCAAACCCCUCCAAGAGAAUCACGAUAGCAGAAAUCAAGAAACAUCCAUGGUUUAUGAAGAACAUGCCUAAGGAUCUGGUUGAAGGUGAGAAAACAAACUAUGAGAAUGCAAGCUUUGACCAAUCACUGCAAAGUGUUGAUGAGGUCAACCGGAUCAUACAAGAGGCAAAGGUUCCCGGAGAAGGCUCCACCACCACGGAUGGGCGGCCGGAGAUUGGCGGAUCCAUGGAUCCCGAUGAGGAUGACUUUGACUUGGACAAUGAGAUUGAUUACAGUGGAGAUCAUUCUGCUCAAAUCUGAACAUCUUUCUCCUUCUCUUUCUCACAAACAUGUGUUUUCAAAAUGUGCCAAGUUUGUGUAGUUUGUAUCUCAGAUUUUGGAUAUUUAUAUAUUAUCACAUAUUAAUAUAUGUAAUGGGAAAUAAAAAGUUUUGAGUUUCAAGACAGAAUCCGAAUUGCACUGGUUUUUUGGUCUAGUUUUUUGUUUGAUA